UCGGAAUACUCAUAAUUUCUUUCUGUUGGGCAAAGUCGAAACAAACGAGCGUCCCACAGUUUCUGCCGGUGUCUUUGCUGACCAGGAUUUAAGGAGGAUCAGUUUGACAGAAGACAAAACUUGUACAGAAAUGGAGAUUGCAGUCCUCCAUGCCAAGUCUGGCAAGACUUUAGCCACAGUCACCAAUGUGACAUCUAAAUCAACAAUCUUAGAUGUAAAAAAGGAAUAUCAAAAGAAAAAUCCAAAGUAUUACAUAACCAGACAAGCUUUCAAAGUUGAUCCAAAGGGAAAGGCUUUAAAAGAUGAUGAGACAUUGGGCAGUCUAGGAUUAUCAGGGAAAAAGGGCACUCUGUACUUCAAAGAUCUUGGUCCACAAAUUGGUUGGACUACCGUGUUUCUAUCGGAGUAUGCAGGUCCUUUGGCCAUUUAUUUGGUCUUUUACACCAGGCCAGCCAUUAUCUAUGGCGCAGCUGCAGCAUCUGAACCAAGAGCCCAGGUGGUCAACAUUGCCUGUGCUUGUUUCUCCUUCCACUAUAUCAAGAGGCUCCUAGAAACAGUAUUUAUCCACAGAUUUUCUAAUGCCACCAUGCCCAUUUCAAAUUUAUUCAAGAAUUGUUCCUACUAUUGGGGAUUUGCAGCAUUCAUCUCUUACUUCAUCAAUCAUCCAUUGUAUACAGUUCCAACAUUUGGAGAUAAACAAAUUUUUGGUGGCCUGGCUGGUUUUAUAAUUGGAGAACUCGGCAACUUUUCUGUCCAUGUUGCCUUUAGAAAUAUGAGACCAGCUGGAACAAGGACAAGGAAAAUCCCCGUUCCUGACAGCAACCCUCUGACCCAGUUGUUCAACCUUGUGUCCUGUCCUAACUACACGUACGAGGUCAUCGCCUGGAUCAGCUUCAGUGUUAUGACACAAUGUUUGCCCGCUGCAUUGUUCACAACCUGUGGGUUUUACCAGAUGGCUGUCUGGGCACUAGGAAAACACAGAAAUUACAAGAAGGAGUUCAAAGAUUACCCUCGUUCUAGGAGAGGCAUCGUACCAUUCCUUCUAUAAACAAACAUUUUAUGAAUAUUUGUACUUUUUUCUUUGAGGAAUUUAUCAACAUUCACUUGUUAUAGUAGAUGAAAAACUGAGAGUGCUAAGAUAAUGCACAAUAGCGUCAACAAGAUGUUGUACAAAUUAAUUUUUUUUAAAUUGCAUCAAUAUAAUCAUAGUUCAAGAAAAUUGUGAAUAGCCUGAUCUUGUAGAAAAUAAAAGAUCAAUAUGAAAUAGAA